UCUAUUGAGAAUGGUCAAGCAAAAGUCACAUUAGACGGGCAGACAUUGCUCACAUGUGCUACAUUAUACCCUCUACUCACAUCUCCGCUCGUCCUUGAUAUACAUAAUUAUCACUCGCCCCAUCCAUGAUUGUAAUUUCCCAAUACUCGUACCUGCACUGCACACCCAAUCCCGACCUAUAUUUUGCCAACCCUUUCCCUCCGAGGCCCCUCUGAGCAUGCGCGGGCAACGAUAGCUUGCCAACGCGUCCAGCAACGCAACUUUCCCCAAACGACAAGAUUACACAUGCCCUACAUACACCAGCAUGUCAACCACCGAAGACCAUCUGCCAAUGUCUCACCUUCGAAAGCGGAAGCGACGUCGACAGGACAAAACUUCAAUUACUGCCAGAUUGGUCUUGGAUGACCAUAUAAAGGGCGAUGUGGGCAUCCUCUCCGAGGAUCUAUAUGCCGAUUUGUUUCCUGCAGCUGCUCAAGGUGCGAUGCGAUACGAUGCGGGGUUUGACCUUUGUUUGGGAGGCGUGUAACUGAUAUUUCUGUUCUAAUAGCUGAAGAGGAUGGCACUCCCGGUCCCGAGUUAUUACAUGUAGCUCUAUCCCCAUGGUGCCCAUCCACCGCUGUCGAAGAUUCCACUUGGACCGUGGUGGCAGUCCGGUCUUCUAGUGCACUCGCCCAUUCGACCGUUCAGUUCUCCCCGUCUUCUUUGGCCCUGCAAGGGUUUGCAGAAGCUCUGCAGAAAGUUGCUCCUUCGAAACUAUCGAGUCACAGUCGGAGUGGCAUAGAAAUAAGGAUUCUGGAUGUGAUACCUCUGCCAUUGGAUGUUGUAUUUGUGACCAUUGAGGCAGAACUUGCGCAGCGGCUGGAAAAUGGAGAGGGCAUCUUCCAUGGCGAACAUGCCCGAACGAAUGGCAAAUCCGUGGGCAAGCUGAGUUCUGUCGUACCUGAAGAUAGGUUGACAUCGGCUAUUCGGGAGGCCUUGGGGUCUUUGAAGAUAGUUCAUACUGGCGAUUUCUUCUCGCUGCCACUCCCCCCGCACUCCGUUACACAUGUAUCACCUCCACCCGCACAAGUUUCUCUCUGUGAGCCUGUCGGCCAGGGCUAUUUAUCCCCAAUGAGCAAGAUAAUCAUUACCCAAACUGGUCAUCAUUCUAAACAAGCCCGGAAGCAUCAAUCACUGACCGUAAAUAAAGCAUUGAACUCCGUGGGAGAAGAUGACGACGAUACUUCCACAGACCAAUUCUAUUCAGCAGCAGAGGACCGUUAUAAGACAGACACGGCAAUCGAAGACGAUGAUGAAUCCGCCACGGAGACGGAAGAUGAUAUAUCGGAUGCUGAUAGUGGCAGUAUAUCAGAUGACUCCAUGGAUGAUUUGAUUUCGCUACAGGUUCCAACGCUACCCGCUCACAAUGCGAGCGGAAUCUCGACUGUACAGGCAGGAACGCCACGUACACUAGGGAGAAGCACUAACGGUAUAAGCACUCCUGGGUCUGUGUUCUCUUCCUUUACUGCUACGACUGCUCGUGCUGGGGGACAAAAAGGAAGAUUGUUCAGAGCACAGGGACUGAUGAAACCAUUGCCAGAAGUACUUCUUCAUCCAAAACCAAGUGCUGGGGACGACAAUGAGGCUCGGGUAUUCGUUGAUGUAAAUUCCCUGACAAAAAUAGGUUGUUUCUCUGGUGACUGGGUUCGACUCGAGGUAGCUGCUGAGCCGCCUUCUAAUGGAUCUGGUCUCUGGGGUCUAGGGAGCUUUGGAAAUAACGAACCAGAGGAUCCAGUUUGGCGUCCUGUAAAAGUCUUUGGCUUACCAGAAGGGUAUUCUCAGCGACCAAUAACCAAAAUUCCAAGUAACAAAAAAGGAGAAAGGCGUUUAUCAUUCUUUGAAUCGCAAAUCCAAAAGCCCUCUAGCCCAACUGUAUAUCUCUCGCCAAUAUUGCUAGCGAAUAUGGAGAAUACGCCAUACUGUCGACUUUCGCCCCUAAAAAGAACUCCGCAGCUUGGAAGGCCUUCACUUUCCAAGAUCACAAACUCGUCCCGUCCACCUUUCCUGCAGGAAAUGAAAUUAAUCAAAAUCAACACACCGACUUCAACGGAAAGGACUUUACAAAAUAUACUUUUCACAAAUUUAAAAAGCCAUUUCGGCGAUCGCACCCGGAUUGUGCGAAAGGACGAUCUUAUAGCAAUCCCCAUCGAUGAGGAGCUUGGUCGCAUAUUACACCAGACAUCCGCAAGUGAUGAUCUGGAGGUUGAUGAGUUAUUAUCAAAUGUGUCUCUAUCUGGUCCACAAAAUGCCUCUUCUACUAAGCCCACAGCUGUGGGAUGGUUCAAAAUAGCAUACAUUGGAGUAUCCAAAGAGGAGGAGGAACCCGCGGACGAGGAAGAUGUUUGGGGGGGCGCAGCUUCUGUUGAUGGUCCAUCAACUCAUAUUUUGCAGUCUGGCAGUGAAAAUAGUCGAGUGCCUUCGACAAUAGAAAACACAUGGGAAUACUACUUGGGGUUGAAAUCUCUACCAAAGCUGGAUAUUCUUUCUAAUGCAUUGCCGGAGCCGAGAAAAGUCCAGAUCACAUCACUUCAGCGAAGGUUGCGAGAAUUGAUCGCGGCAGCAACAAGCCCUCGAGCGAUACACCUGCAGCAGAAACCUUUGGCAAUUCUCCUAGUCUCAACACAGCGCAAUAUUGGGAAAUCAACACUGGCCACCAGGGCAUGUUCCGAUAUUGGUCUUCACACCUUCAGUAUCGAUUCUUAUGAUAUCCUUACUGAAGGGGGGGCUGGUAGCGAUGUUAAGACUGUCGCAUAUCUCAAGUCUCGUGCGGACAAAGCAAUGCAUUGUGGGCCCGAGUAUUGUGCACUAUUGAUUCGCCAUAUCGAGGCUCUUACUGCGGAUAGAAUUAUAGUAACCCUGUCUGAAAUAUUGUCCGGACUUAGAGUACUCAUUGCAACCACUACGGAUGUUGACAAGAUCCCUGAUGGUGUUCGGGGCCUCUUUACCCAUGAGUUGGAGAUGUCUGCUCCCGAUGAAUGGGAAAGAGAGGGUAUCCUUAGAAGUAUUGUCGAGGACCAGGCAGUUCCUCUGGCCCCAGAGGUUGACCUGAGUUCUGUAGCUGUUAAGACUGCUGCUCUUGUUGCUGGUGAUCUAUUUGAUGUGGUUGACCGUGCAAUUGUUGCUCGCAAUUCACGUCUCGAGGAAUUAUCGUUAAAAAGUUCCGAUGCACAAACCAGAGUCACCGUCCGAGAUCUUUUAGUCGCUGGUGGACCAGCAGGGCGUUGUCUAACCAAGGUUGACUUUGAUCUUGCGGUCGAUGCUGCCCGCAAGAAUUUUGCAGACGCGAUUGGUGCCCCCAAGAUCCCAAGUGUCGGUUGGGACGAUGUUGGCGGUCUUACAAAUGUCAAAGAUGCAGUCAUGGAGACCAUUCAACUGCCACUUGAGCACCCGGAGCUCUUUGCCAAGGGUAUGAAGAAGAGGUCUGGAAUUCUAUUCUAUGGACCUCCAGGUACUGGUAAAACACUUCUCGCGAAGGCCAUCGCGACGGAAUUCAGUUUGAACUUCUUCAGUGUUAAAGGUCCGGAAUUGCUGAAUAUGUAUAUUGGUGAGUCCGAGGCCAAUGUGCGACGAGUGUUCCAAAGAGCAAGAGAUGCGCGACCCUGUGUAGUGUUUUUUGACGAAUUGGACUCGGUGGCCCCUAAAAGAGGUAACCAAGGUGAUAGCGGUGGUGUUAUGGAUCGCAUUGUAUCUCAACUUUUGGCAGAAUUGGACGGUAUGUCUGAUGGAGAAGAUGGCGGAGGUGGCGUUUUCGUGAUUGGUGCGACGAACAGACCUGAUCUGCUAGACGCCGCAUUAUUGAGACCGGGUCGGUUUGACAAGAUGCUUUAUUUGGGAGUCAGUGAUACGCAUGAGAAGCAGUUGACUAUUAUGGAGGCUUUGACUAGAAAGUACGUGCCUUUUUUACCAAGUCGUUUGAGAUUCACGGACUAAUAAAACGAUAGGUUUACACUCCACCCUCAACUCUCUCUCCAACGCGUCGCUUCCCGUCUCCCAUAUACCUACACCGGAGCAGACUUUUACGCCCUCUGCUCCGACGCAAUGCUCAAAGCAGUCACUAGACAAGCCUCUCUCGUUGACGCUAAGAUUGCGGGUAUCAACGCAAACGCCGGGAGGAACCAACCUAAAAUUUCCACCGCGUAUUUCUUCGAUCAUUACGCGACAAAGGAGGAUGUCGAUGUUGUAGUUACCGAAGAGGACUUUAUAAAUGCGGAGCGCGAGCUGGUUCCUAGUGUUAGCUUUGGGGAGUUGGAACAUUAUCAGAAGGUUCGGGCUAUGUUUGAGAAGGUUGCUGAUGAGCCGAAAGAGAAUGGAGAUGGAUCUGUUAAUGGGACGCCGAAUGGAAAGGGGAAAGGGAAGGGGAAAGAGAGGGUCGUUGUGGAUAGAAAGGGGAAGGCGGUUGAUAUGGGGGAGAAUGACGAUUAGGGGAUUUGUAUUGAAUAGAGAGGUUCUGGUGCCGAAAAACAGUGGCAAAAACAGUGGUAAGGUUAUGCCAAGAAGUGGACAAUAUCCGAGCGAUAUCUGACCAUAUUCCUGCAAAACACGUCGCCACUAUUCGAAGUUUAUUUAGAGGCUCAAGAGUAAAUAGUACUAUUCGAAGUUUAUCCACGAAAUAACAGUGAAACCCCCACUUUUCAGUCCUC